AUGGCAGGCAUUCCCGGCUUCGUCGGUUUCUCUAUCGACGAAGAUAUUCCAUCCUCCUUCUCUAAGAGACAAAAUGGAUGUGUGGUUUGUGAAAAUACAUCGCCAACCUGCCCCUCUUGCGCCGAUAAUGAAUCCUGUUCAUUUACCAUCCAGACGUGCAAUGAGUGUCCGAGGGCCUUCUGCGCACUCGACCCAACAGCAACCACCUCCUCGUCCAAGCCCAGCAGCGGGCCAAACGUCGGUGCUAUCGUAGGUGGUGUAAUAGGCGGUCUAGCAGCCGUCGCCAUCAUUACGUACUUGGUUUGGAGGUUUUGCAUCAAGAACAAGAGAGGACAGUACGAGCCAGAGCGAUGGCAAGGAGACGUCGAACAGUCGAAGGAGGGUAUGGAGGCCGACUUUGCUUCGAGGAGAUCCAAACGAACCUCGACGCAUACAGUACAUUCUAUCGCCUCUACUGUUCUCACUCGCGCUUCAAACAUCAUCCAAAUCGCAUACAUCCCUGGCGUUACUAACCGAGCUACGCCUACGUCGCCCACGCUACUCGUCCCCCCCGUCCCCCCAAUCCCAAUUGCGCACUCGGACAAGGGCAGCAAUUCGCCAUUCGAUGAGCAACACUUCUUCGUCCCGGGAGACCUUCGUGACUCGACGUACUCGGGCAUCUCUGCUUACACCGACCGCUCAUCCAUGGCCCGAACCUCUUAUGCCCCACGCUCUAGUGUUGCAUCUACCAUCUACGGCAAAAACGCCAUUGUCUCCCCUCUCCCGGCUCAAAAGGGCAAUUUCCUCAAGCCCUCUAUCGUCAGCGUUAAAUCUCGUGCCCCUAGUAGUACUAGCGGCAGUUCAACGCCGCCCGUUCCAGCCGUCGACUACGAAAAGUACGAACAGCCGCCUGUAUCGCCAGCCUUCAGCAUCGGGGCUACAUUUUUCAAGAACGCUAGCGCUUCGACAGCAACCGCCGUACGACCUCAGGUUGUCCGCGUUGGUAGCGGGCCUAAGGCUGUUGACGUGAAAUCGAAGUCUUCCGGUUCCGCCACCGCUGUAGAGUCCGAGAACUCGGAGCCCCUAGUACAGCUCAUCGAUACUAGCAAGGAAAGAGAAUCAGCCGCGGCGACGAUUAUCGAGGAAUCGCCGAGCGUUGAUCAGGGUCCCUUUGCUGAUCCACCUAAGCAGGGUCACCAGAAAAAGAGCUCCCUCAGCGCAGUAAUAGGAGAGUCUCAGCGGGCGGUAGACGGCAAACGCAAGUCCUCCGCAGAACGGAACAGCAGUCCAUUCGGGGACGAAAAUGUCUUGCGAGAGUAA